AUGUCCGAUGUUAUGCCAACCGCAGGCAAGGACAUUAUUGGCUUGUGGCUUAUCGUAUUGGCUGCAGUGAAUCUUUCCCAAGCCGCUUCAUCCGAUUGUGAGAAUCCUCCAUUAGACAUAUCUAUCGUGAUCGAUCAAACAAAGAGCGUAGGAGCGGACAACUAUGACGCCAUGUUGGAUUCGGUCAUGGCACUCAUUUCGCAGUAUGAUGUCGGUGAAGACAAGACACACUUCUCCAUCGUAACUUAUGCAAAAGAUGCACAAGUUCGUGUCAGCUUUGACGACCCAAAAUAUCAAAAUAAAGCGGCUCUUCGUGCACUCAUUGAAGAAAUGAAGGAGAAGGACAAGUUGGGGAACCCGACGAGGACUGACAACGCCUUGAAAGUGGUCGCCGCUUCAUCCGAUUGUGAGAAUCCUCCAUUAGACAUAUCUAUCGUGAUCGAUCAAACAAAGAGCGUAGGAGCGGACAACUAUGACGCCAUGUUGGAUUCGGUCAUGGCACUCAUUUCGCAGUAUGAUGUCGGUGAAGACAAGACACACUUCUCCAUCGUAACUUAUGCCAAAGAUGCACAAGUUCGUGUCAGCUUUGACGACCCAAAAUAUCAAAAUAAAGCGGCCCUUCGUGCAGUCAUUGAAGAGAUGAAGGAGAAAGACAAGUUGGGGAACCCGACGAGGACUGACAACGCUUUGAAAGUGGUCGGCGAGGACGUGUUCGACGAAAAGAAUGGAGAUCGACCGGAAUCACCAAACGUCAUGAUCAUCUUCACUGACGGAGGAACGCAUAAGAGUUCCGAACCCUACAGUACCGUGCUACCAACUCUUGAGGAAAAAGGAGUACAGCGAGUGGCUGUGGGGAUUGGUAAAGAAAUUAAGCAGGCAGAGCUUAUAACUAUUGCUGGAGAUGAGAAUCGAGUCGUUAAUGCCAAAAAUUUCGAAGACUUGAACAACCAGUUGGACGAUAUUCGCGAAGCUACUUGUAACAUUGAUGGAGGAUAU